AGUCACACACAGAAAAUAAAUCUAUCCAUUUCCUUCAGCUUUUCUUAUGCAUGAAAAAUGAUGACAAAAACAAAUAACAUCAGAGGAUGGAUUUUUGGUGAAAUUUAAAUAAAUAUAUAUUUUUAAUUCACCUGUCGCACAAACACAAGACUACCACGGGCUGCGGGUGAGUCUCCGCAGAUUACGCACGGUCACCUGACUGCGUGACAUCAGGCAGGUAUGAGAACCUGUGGGAGGGAACAGCGCUCGCAGUUAAAACACCAAGCACAAGGCGGAAGGAUCGCGCCCACUCUUCUCUUCUUUUCUAAACUUUGUUUUGGCAGUCAUGACUCGGACUAUGGGAUGGAUUCGUCUGUGUCUGAUUUUGUGUUUUGCACAUACUUGCCUGACAAUGCACCCAGAAACCAGAGGCUUCACUGGUAAUGAGACCAGCGAAGGGGUUUAUAUCAACCCCAGAGAUCAAGAAAUCCUGAGCAGCCGUCUCACAACCGUCUUUCUCCCAGUCAUCUACAUCAUUGUGUUUUUGGUGGGUCUCCCCACCAAUGCCUUGGCAAUCUGGGUCUUCCUCUUCAGGACCAAGAAAAAACACCCGUCUUCUAUCUACAUGGCCAACCUGGCUCUGGCUGACCUGCUGUUUGUCAUCUGGCUCCCCUUAAAAAUAGCCUACCACUUCAACGGCAACAACUGGAUCUAUGGAGAUGGAUUAUGCAAAGUGCUUGUAGCAUUUUUCUAUGGCAACAUGUAUUGCUCAGUUGCCUUUAUUGCUUGUAUAAGUGUUCAGCGUUAUUGGGCAGUGGUUCAUCCACUGUCUCAGCAGCAGAGGAGCAACUGUGUAGCUGUUUCUGUCUCAAUCACUGUCUGGGUGGUGGUCUGGCUCACCAGCAUCCCUCUGUAUCUGUAUGAUCAAGAAGUUCGUGUAGCAGGCCUCAAAAUCCUGACCUGCCAUGACGUCACCAGGCCCUCUCAGAAGCAGAUUGCAGCAGGCUACUUCCUUACAAUGGGAACGCUGGGAUUUAUCGUCCCCACAGUUGUGUGCAUCAUAUCAUAUGUUCUCAUGCUGAAGGCUCUCAAGAACAGCAUGACGGAUCCUACCAUUGCCAAGAGGCGCAAAAAGGCUGUGGUCCUGAUCGUCACAGUGCUGAUCAUGUUUUUACUGUGCUUCGCCCCCAGUAAUAUCAUGCUGCUGGUGCACUACAGCCUCCUGCUGAAAGGGGCUAACAACAACUUGUACGGGUUUUACAUCACAACCCUGUGCUUGUCCAGUCUCAACAGCUGUUUUGACCCUUUUGUUUACUACUUCAUCUCUGAAGACUUCAGGGGGCACGUGAAGAACACGUUCCUCUGCAGGAGCGAGAGGACAGUGGAGAGGAUGAGGGUCUCCUUCAGCGCUUUGAAGUUCUCCAAAAAGAGCAACACGUAUACGUCUGAGUCGGGGAACACGCGGAGCACUGACUGUUAGCGGAGCGAGAACUUCCUGGUUUGUUACAUCUGAAGAAGUCAGCCUGACCUCCUGAAAGUUUUGUGUUGCUCAAGUUACUGAUUUUGGACAUUUUUAAGUACAUUUUGUUUUAAUAUAUAUAAAAUAUAUUUAAUGCUGUCUUUAUUUGAUUUAUCUGGGAUGUGAACAGUUUUUUUGAAAUGUGUUUAAAUGUGUGCUGUAAUUUUAUUGACAGGAACUCUCUGAGACUUUGCUUAUAAAUGAGCCAUAUUAAGCAUAUAUUGCACAAUAUGAUGUCAUGUUUUUUUUAAAACC